AUGGCAGGCUACGGAAACCGCACGGCAUCAGACUAUGUCGCAGAAGAGCUGCAAGACCAACACGCAACCACACGUCUCGGCCUGGUAGAUUCAAACACUGCGUACCACAAUCCUCAUGAAAAACACGGCUCAGGCACUACAGGCGGUGCAGGUUUUGGAAACAAACGCUCCUCGUCCACCCCUAGCACCGACAACUCCGAAUUCCGCUUCGGCUCCCACUCAGACACAGCACCCUACUCAAACGCCACGCCCAUGGGCAGCGGCUCAACGGGAGGCGCAGGAUACGGAAAUAAAACAGGCGAGAUGUCUGGACCAGGUCAUGAUUCCGUGUUGGGGAAGGUGGUAGAGAAGGUUGGAGGGAUGAUGAAGAAUGGGAAGAUUGAAGACAAGGGCAGGGUGAUGAGGGAGAAAGAAGGGUUCGGGAGUAGUGUUUCGGGAAACGAGUAA